AUGAAAAGCAGUGCAAUAAAAGUAAACAAAGCAGUGAAGUGUCAGCUCGACCAAGAGCUCGAGUCGAGUAGGCAGAGUACCAGCUCGAUCGAGUUUAGGGACGAGUUGAGACAAACAAAGCUAAAGCUCGAUCGAGUUGAAGCUUGGCCGGUCGAGUUGAGGAACUCGACCGGUUGGUCGAGUGGACGGUCGAGCUGGUCUUCAAGAUGGCUUCUCCCUUCUUCCUUUGCGUAUCCAGUUGAGCUGCUUCCAUGUGCCAAGUCCCUCCAUGCUCCUCAUGUCUUUUGGAGCAUUCUGGAGCAUAUGGGACAUGAGGAGCAUGGAGGGACUUGGCACAUGGAAGCAGCUCAACUGGAUACGCAAAGGAAGAAGGGAGAAGCCAUCUUGAAGACCAGCUCGACCGUCCACUCGACCAACCGGUCGAGUUCCUCAACUCGACCGGCCAAGCUUCAACUCGAUCGAGCUGAAGUCAAAGUCAAACCCGAAAAAUGUUGCUUCCCCCUUGACUUCCUUUGA